UCUUACGAACCUGAUUCAUUUCAGAAUUUGUAUCCAACAUUUAUACACUCAGGUAGACAACACAUGAAUGUGAAAAUGGACGUGGACAAGGUUGAGCGUCUCCGUGACCGUCUGCUGAUGUGUCCGAUCUGUAUGGAUGAGUACAAGGAUCCGAGACUGCUUCCCUGUCACCACACCGUCUGCCUGGACUGUAUCCACAACAUCGUCCAGGCCAGCUCCAUCACUGGACGCAUGUUCAGGUGCCCGCAGUGCAGACGAGAUGUUUGCGUUCCCCGUGGGGGCAUCCAUGAGUUCCCCCUGAACUUCUACAUCAUCAGCCUGCAGGAUGAGCUCGGCACAAAGUCCUUCCACGACAUGUGUGACAUGUGCAAGCGGGACUGGCUCAUUUCUCAGUUCAAGUGUGUGGACUGUGACAUGGUGAUAUGCAAGUUCUGCAUCCACGAACAUAGACUCUUCCAGCACGACGCUUCCCGUCAGUACAACAUUAUGAGGAUUGAGACAACUCCGGCCGAGGUCCACCUGUCCUCCACGAGAUCCUGCCCCAAACAUGUGGAAGAAAUUCUGCAGUUAUAUUGCCGUACGUGUGACAAAGCAGUUUGUAUUACAUGCAUUUGUGAAGAUCAUAAACGUCAUGAGACUGUUCCCAUGGCAACAAAGCUGUCAACAUCCAGAUUAGCUCUUCAGGAGGAAUUGGACCGUCUUGCGUCAGAGAAGAGACACAUUCAGAAGACGCUGAGUCAGGUCCAGGCAACUUCGGACUCGGUGUCGAAGUGGGCAGAUGGCGCUAGGAAGGAGGUGCAAGGUAGGGGCAAGGAUCUGCACAGCAGGAUAGACAAGAUGGUGAUGGAACAGAUCGCUGUGGUCGGAGAAGGGGAGAGGAGGACGCUACACGAACUCAGCACGUAUAGCAAAGAGCUGCGGAAGUAUUCCGAGGAGGCUGACAAGGGUCUGCGGUUCCUGCAAGACCUACAGGAGGGGGACAUGUGUCUGGAACUCCUGGACUGCUAUGACAAAUACAGCAAGUCCUUAGAAGACCAGAAGAUCAAGUCAUCCAACAAAGCCAUUGAGCUGAAGAAAUUCACCUUCUCAGAGGGGUGGGACUUGCAGUUUCAACAGUAUUAUGCCGGCAGUGUUGGCAAGCUGGCCUGUUAUUCUUCCCGCCAAAAGUUCCUGACAAAAAAGGGUUUGCUUGACAACUACUCAGUGAAGGAGGUUCUGUACAGUCUGCUCACACCAGGAAAAAUUGCUCUGUUCCUUAUUGUGAUGUCAAUGUUGUUUACGAUCGGUCAGCUAAUUCAUGCCUACAUCACUGAUCCGAACAAUGCUCAAGAAAUAGGUGUAGGACUCUUCUUUUGUGUUUAUUUAUUUCUAGCAUCAUAUUUUGCAUAUAGGAAAUCGUAAAUAUUGUGACGAUCCCAGUGCCAAAAUGUAUUGUCUUGUCAGAGAUGGUUCAGUGCUAAGAUGAUGAUGAUGAUGAUGAUGAUGAUGAUGGGGUUUCCUGGCUACAGAAUGUAAAGCCCUUGCUUGGUGUGUCCUGAUGUUUGAAAGCAUGCUGCAUAAUGUCUACAGCUGUGUUUUCGUGCUUGACCAGCUGCUCUUAAGUACAAAAAUUGUAAUUAAAUCUGACACUGCAGUGAAAGAAACAUGCAUACUUAAGUUAGGAUAUUUUAAAAAGUACCACAAACAUUAAAAUUACCACAAAUGUCCAAGAUCAUCUUCUUAUGAGGCACUGGUUCCAGUCGAGCUGUUGACAUAAAACAAUUUUUAUCAAUUUUAUAUAUCUGUCUUGCUCAGCAGUGUGUGUGACCAAGGUCCUCAUUCUAUACCCUUUCUAAUUUUGCCUAGUGACUAUGAUAAGUAAGGAGUUACGACUACAAUGUAUAAAAAAGACACUUUUUAUGCCUGCGACCCAAGAUAAAAAUUUCCCGAAGUUACUUCAGUGGAGUUACUCCUUCAAUGACAUAAUAAAAAUAAACUUGACCAAGGACUUUCCGAUGUUAGCUUAGUUAUAUCUCUGUAAUUAAUGACAUCUAACUCCUAAACUUUAUAGCUUUUAAAAAUGCUCCCAGUUUGAUGAAAUGUGUGAAGAAUGUCAGGAUAUUUGCUCGGAUCUUCUUCAUCAUUGAAGAUCAGAUUGGUCAAAGAGGCUCUGUAUCAUAGCUGGUUCUUGUUUUACGUUGUCUUGUGGUGCAAUUCUGACAUGGAUUUUGCAUGUUGCAUUAAGAAGCUUUGCAAAAUCAAUAUGUAUGGAGAUCUGUGUAUAUUGCUGAUUUGUUAAUGACAAAGGGCAACUAGUUAGGUCAUCAGAACUAGUCAGUGAUGCUAGUCUCCAGUCAGUUGUUUUCCAGGAUUGAGAUAGUGUAAAACGUAAGGAAACUACGAAUGUAUAUAUAGUGACCUUGCCAAUACAGUUGUUCAAAAGUUCUGUUGGAAGAAUUCCAACAUAGCUGAAAGCCUAGGUCCUAAACCACAAUAUGUUUGUAGUGCUAGGACAUUCGUAAGUCUAUGGUAAACUAGAGAGUUACAACAGGUCGUAACAUUACGAUUGCUUUGUGGAUCAGGGAACCAGGGCCUAGAUUUUCGAAGCUCUCUUAGCGCUAAGAUAGUCGUAAGUUAAUGUUAAUGUAUGGCACUUACGACUAUCUUAGCGCUAAGAGAGCUUCGAAAAUCUAGGCCCUGAUCUUUAGGCUCUAGUUCUGUUGUCAGUUAAGGCUUGAAUAUGAUAGCUUUUGUGUGUCUUGGGUUAAGAGGAUGUUUGCUCCAAACAGCUUCGUUUGUUUUUGAAAACUCUGGUUGUUGAAUGUGCAAUGUUGAUGUCCAACCAUAACGGACUGGCCCUUGAUCCAGGGGACUGAUCCACAAAGUGUUCAAAGCUCAAAAAAGAGCUAUCAUAACUAUAUAUCUAUAUAGUUUAUAGCUGACUUGCGAAUAUUGUACCGCAGCGAUUGCUUUGUGGAUGGGGCCUUGGGACUUUGUGGAGGGCUAGUUUCAGUUGACUCAGGAGGCUGUGUACGCUAGUCGGACCUACAGACUAUGAAAUAAAUGUAUCCAAUACAGCUCACGCAAGUCCAUAUUAUUUGGUAAUCUAGAUCACUUCAGAUUCCUGAUGUUGGCUCUGUCAUAAUAGGUUCUUGACCUGGAGCUUCUAAUAGAAUGCUCAGUCACCAUUGUCAUUGAUAAGGUGUAACAGGGUGAUGUCCAGUGCAAGCGUGUACAUUCAUUGCUAGAUUAUCAUGAUCAUGUCCAUUUUAUCUAGAGCUGACAUUCAGGUUAAUGCUAUUAUUAGGGACCAUUCAUAAUUUAUGGCUAGGGGGUUGGUGAUGAUGAUUUU